GAUGCUUUGUGUGGCGUGUGUUUUUCAGAAGCGGAGUGCACGAAAGAAGUGGAGCCAUGGCGGCGCUUCGCCUUAAAACACCAUGGACUCAUCGUUGGGGCUGGAAAUCCUUGACUCAGUCAGCUCAUUUCCGCUGUUGCUUUGGUUCGCUAGUGCGACCACUGGCAGUGGGCACAAGUGUCGACAAGCUUGCCUCACAAAGAUCCUUUUCCCAAGUCGGACUUGGGUCUUGGGUGGAUCCUUUGGCCUACCAAGGCUCCUUUACCUCCUGGGUGGAUCCUCUUGAUCUUGAAGUUUCCCCACAGAUUUCUGAAAAAGAGGUUUACCACACGCAAAGAGCCUACGCAAAAGCAAUCAUGAGAAUUUCAAACUCAUACCAUGCGGGCGGCAACUACCUCAAGCUAGCUCAUACGGCAGUAGAGAGGCUCUACACUGAUGACAAAGUGAAAGUGCUCUUCAAGGCAAAUGAGGCGAAGGAUACACAGUUCCGGCCAACAGCAGCCGAAGCCAUGGCUUUCAUCGCCGGUGCCAAGGGUGAUGCUCAAGGAAGUGAAGAGUCAAGUUUUGCCAUCAUCGGAAGCAGGGGCUGGUCGGAUGUAGGAUUUGACAAUCACCAGAUCGAGAUUUCUGACAAUGUUGCGAUUGCUUCGGGAACCUGCUACCUCACCAGCGCUGAGACGAAUGGCAUCACUGAAGCUGACUUUACUUUCGGAUACAGGAAGGAUGAGCUCGGCAAGGUAGGCAUUUUCUUCCAGAAUUCGUCAGUACCUCUAGUAGUCCUUGAUUCCUUUGAUGCAAAGCCUCUCGUGUCAGAGGAGGCAGUGCAAAAGGCACAAGCAGCUUGGGCCAGCACUAUCAAAGACAUCUCCAAGAUAUAUCUUGACGGUGGAGACUAUGUUGCAGCAGCUGCCAAGGCGGCAGGUGAUCUCUAUGGCUACGGUCACUCAGAGGUGCUUUUCAAGCCAACCAAAGCAGCUGAGGCCCAGUUUCGACCAAGUGCCUCCGAUGCAUUGUCUUACUUUGUUGGGCACCAGGCAGUUGAGGGUGGCCAUUCCGAGGACUCUGGCUUUGCCAUCAAUGGUGGCAAGGGCUGGUCAGAUGUUGUGUUCGAGAACCACAAGACCAAUCGGACUGGUAACAUUGCCAUUGCCAUGGGCAACUACUACUUCACUUGUGCUGAAACUGGGAACCAAACCAAAGUUGAGUACACCUUCGGCUACAAGAUGACGAAAGAUGGCAAGCUUCGCAUUUUCCUCCACCACUCUUCAGUGCCGUAUGACCCUGAAACCUCGUUUAUGAUUUCAGAGGAGGAGGUGCAGGCUGCACAAGCAGCUUGGGCCAGUGCCAUCAAGAACAUCUCCAAGGUGUACCUUGCUCGAGGAGACUAUGUUGCAGCAGCGGCAGAGGCAGCAGGAGAGCUCUACGGCUACGGUCACUCACAGGUGCUUUUCAAGCCAACCAAAGCAGCUGAGGCCCAGUUUCGACCAAGUGCCUCCGAUGCAUUGUCUUACUUUGUUGGGCACCAGGCAGUUGAGGGUGGCCAUUCUGAGGACUCUGGCUUUGCCAUCAAUGGUGGCAAGGGCUGGUCAGAUGUUGUGUUCGAGAACCACCAGACUAAGCUCACUGGCCCAAUCGCCAUUUCCAUGGGCAACUACCACUUCACCUGUGCUGAAACUGGGAACCAAACCAAAGUUGAGUACACCUUUGGGUACAAAAAAAAUAUGGAUGGCAAGCUGCGCAUCUUUCUCCACCACUCUUCAGUGCCAUAUACCUCUAGCAGUGCCACUGUUGUUGCUGAUCUCAUUUCGCAGGAAGAAGUGCAAAGUGCACAAGCAGCUUGGGCCAGUGCCAUCAAACACAUCUCCAAGACUUAUCUUGAUGGUGGAGACUAUGUUGCAGCAGCUGAAAAGGCUGCAGGAGAGCUCUACGGCUACGGUCACUCAGAGGUGCUGUUCAAGCCAACCAAAGCGGCUGAGGCCCAGUUUCGACCAAGUGCCUCUGAUGCCAUGUCGUACUUUGUUGGGCACGAUGCAGUUGAGGGUGGCCAUUCCGAGGACUCUGGUUUUGCCAUCAAUGGUGGCAAGGGCUGGUCAGACGUCAAGUUCGAGAACCACCAGACGAAGCUCACUGGCGACCUUGCCAUUGCCAUGGGCAACUACUACUUCACUUGUGCUGAAACUGGGAACCAAACCAAAGUUGAGUACACCUUUGGCUACAAAAAGACCGAGGAUGGCAAGCUUCGCAUUUUUCUUCACCACUCCUCAGUGCCAUACAGCUCUUGAUGUUCAGUCAGCAGCUAGACCAUAGUGGCGGCCAAGCUGCAGGAGGGGUGAGUAUCACCGUUUUUUUGGAUCGCAAUUGAUGCAGCAGGCUCAAUGCUUGCAAAUUCACAAUUUUUCAAUUUAAA